AUGCAUCCUGAUGCAAAAUCUUUACGGGCAAGAUCCAUUGAGAAUUAUAAUGAAUUGAGUGCUAUCAUUGACGACAAUCAUGCAAAAGGCUGCUGGUUUACAAGUGGUGCCAAAGGUGAUUUAAAUCCCAUUUCCAACAGUGAACAGCAUGUAGAAACCCCAUUGCAGAAUAUGUUGGUUGAUGAAGAAAGGAGUGUGGAUAAUACUGGUGAUAGGACACAAGGUUCAUCCCAGCGAACUAAAGGUAGGCCUUCUACAUCAUCACAUUCCGAAGAGCCCUCUAAGAAGAGACGUUAUAACGAUGUUCUGGUAGAAAUGAUGAGUGCCCUGGCUGCAAAUAUUGGUAGGAUUGCUGAUGCUUUGACAGGAAGCCACCAGUCAUUGUGCUUGGAUGAACUGUUUGCAAUGGUGAAGAAUAUCCCAGGUUUUGAUGAUGAUCUCAUUAUUGAGGCAUGUGAAUUUCUUUCUUUCGAUGACAAGAGGGCAAUGAUGUUCAUGAAAUUGAAUGAGAGGUGGUUGGAGAAAUUUCCUGUGAAUUACUCUUCUUUGAGUGAGAUAAGCAGCCAGCAGGUAAGCAGAAUUCAGUUUGAGAUUGCGAAGAUAUCUGUGUUUUCUUUUUCCACCGAGUACUAUUUCUGA